ACGGCCUCAAUAGCGGUCAUUUUCGACGUCGAUUUCACAGGUCCUCACAUUCUACCUGUAAUCCACAACCGAGCGUUCCACACAACCGAGACCUCACGCGUUUUGAUCAUGCCUAAAAAAUUGAAGCAGUUCAACCACCCACCAUGCCUCCAAAAAUGCACCAAAAUCCCAAAGAUUCUAUUGAGAAAGAGAGACGGGUCUUACUUGCUAUAGCAGCCGUCAAAAACCAUGAAAUACCCUCAAUUCGCGAAGCAGCACGUAUUUUCAAUAUAUCUCAUACAACCCUACGCCGCCGACUUAAUGGCAGUCUAUGUCGCAGUGAAACACGCGCCAAUGGCCAUAAAUUAACUUCAAGUGAGGAGGAAUCUCUUGUGCAAUGGAUCCUCUCUAUGGACCGACGUGGAGCAGCCCCCCGACGAUCCCAUGUACAAGAAAUGGCCAAUAUUAUACUCUCCAAGCGUGGUACAACACCCAUUCAGACAUUUGGGGUAAACUGGGUCUACAACCUUGUUAAACGACAUGAUGAGCUCAAAACAAUAUAUUCUCAGCGAUAUAAUCACCAGCGUGCAAAGUGUGAAGACCCUAAGAUUAUUAGGGAGUGGUUUGACCGUGUACAAAUUACCAUUAUGCAACAUGGAAUUGUACAGGAGGAUAUCUACAAUUUUGAUGAAACUGGCUUUGCAAUGGGUCUAGUAGCUACUGCUGAGGUAGUUACUAGAGCUGAAAUGGUUGGUAAACCUUUUCUUGUACAACCAGGCAACCAGGAAUGGGUCACAACAAUUGAAUGUAUCAACUCUUCCGGAUGGGUGCUUCCACCCUGCAUUAUUUUCAAGGGAAAGACGCACGUCCAGGGAUGGUAUGAAGAUGAGGAUUUACCACAUGAUUGGAGGAUUGAAGUCAGUGAGAAUGGAUGGACAACUGAUGAAAUUGGGCUCCGCUGGCUUAAAAAUGUCUUUAUCCCAUCCACUGAGGCACGUACAACUGGGAGAUAUCGCCUACUUGUCUUGGAUGGCCAUGGAAGCCAUUUAACUCCCAAGUUUGAUGAGAUAUGCAGCCAAAACAACAUUAUACCAAUCUGCAUGCCUCCACAUUCAUCACAUCUUUUACAGCCUCUUCAUUUGGCAUGCCUUUCCCCAUUGAAACAGGCAUAUGGGAGGUUGGUAGAGAAUAAGAUGCGGCUUGGCUUUAACCACAUUGAUAAAAUUGAUUUCCUAGAGGCAUACUCCUAUGCCCAUACAGAUAUAUUUAAGCCACAAACCAUUCGCAAUGGCUUCACAGCAACUGGCUUAAUUCCAUUCAAUCCAGAAAGGGUGCUUUCGCAGCUUAACAUACAACUUGAGACACCCACAUCACCAGGCGGCCGAUCAACCAAUUCAGCACCAAAGACACCUCGCAACCUCCAUCAAUUACAGAAGAAGGAUCAUAGACAAAGUCCUUUAUCUCUUGCUGAGACACGAUUGAAGAAGACUUAUAAAGGAUUUGAAAUGGCACUAAAUGAGGUCAUUCUUCUUGCGAAAGAAGUCCACGAUUUACGUGCUGCUCAUGAGAAGCAGCUACAAAAAAGGAAGCAAUCUAGGCGGCAGAUAGCUACUGCAGAGGGCCUAUCUAUGCAAGAAGGCCAGCAGCUUCUACAGCAUGAGAAUGAGGACCAAGAAGCUCCGAAUGCUCAACCUACUGAACCAGCACCAGCUGCAGUUGAGCAGCGUAUACGGGCACCACCACGGUGCAGUGAUUGCCAUAUUAUUGGACAUAGGCGAUUGCAAUGUCCUAGUCGCCAUAGGAACUAGUUUUUUUAAUAAUAUAUAUGCUUUGGGGAGGUCAAAGUAUAUCGUACUUCCUAGACCAUGGUAUAGGGGGAACCCCCGGUUGUGGAUUGCGUUAGCAGUAGAAUCAUAAUACAUAUCAUAGCAUUCUAU